AUGUCAAAGCAAUCUGAAGACGACUAUCAUGUGUCUGAAGAAAAGGAACAGUUAAAAGCAGAGAAUACUCUCAAAGAAGAGAACAUGGAAGAUAUUUCACCUUUGAUAAGCUCUGCUCAGUCACUUACAGAGUAUAAUUCUCAGUUGACCCCUGAAAGAAAAGCAGAGAUUUUACAGACAUUCUUGUUUCUAUCAAAGCCAACGUUUAAUCUGGUUGCAAAAUCUAUUGACUUUACAGCGUGGCCAGAAGAUGUUGUAUCUGACUUGUGUAAAGAAAUGCAAAGUGUGGAUUUGACGUCUAAUUCAGUACCUUUAUUGCUACUGAAAUCUGUAUUAUACCCAAAGAUUGCCAGUCUCAAAACUUCGGCGUCACGACUGUUAAUGAAUGGAAUAUUAUCACUCGCUAGAGAACAAGGAAAGUUGAUCAUUAAUGGCUUACUGUUACCUUUGCUAUUCCAAUCAGCAUUAGAACGCCCUCAGUUUGAGGUGAUUAAUAAGACAGCAAUGGAAUCAUUAAAACCAGCACAUAGACUUGUUCUUUUACAAGCUAUACUCUCAGAUGGUGAAAUGUAUUAUUCUAAUCAUGCUGACAACAGACAUUCGUUGAGACCAUGGAAUGAUACGAUUUAUCAAUUGAUUGGAAACGUACUGAGUUGCCAACCUUUACUGACACUAACAAAAGAAGCACUCGAUGAGAUUAUUCAAUCCGUACGAACUACAGUAGAUUUUAAUCCUAAGGAUAAAAAUUCUAUGCAGCUACUGUUGACCAUUACAAGCAAACAUGCUCAAGAAGUUGUUGAAUUUGAUUGUAUCGAGGCUAUAGAAAGCAUAUCAAACUCUAGUAAAAUGUUCUUGAAGCGUGCUGUUCUCGGUCAGAUUGCAGCAAUAAAGAAGAAUAUACAGUCUUUACAGAGUUCUAGAGCUACUUAA